CUGUGAAUGUCUGGAACUGCGCUGCGCUGCACGUCUACCAAAACGGCCAGAUUACCGAGUUAUCUAUUUUGUUUCGCCUAAAUACUGAAUCAUUUUUAUGCAACCAACCGACGAGGGGACACGCCUGAGCGAGCGAUGCUUCUACAAAAUCCCGUCCGAAAAAGAAAACCCGGAAAGGGGGAAUUUGUGGAUUUUGUGUCAUAAACGUGCAGCGGUUCACAGGAAGGGGAAACAAUGGCAGCGCCCAUAGUACACUCGUAUUUGCAGUAAAUACGUCAUCAAAGGUCUGUUCCACCAUACAACACAGAGGUAUUCAAUAAAUACAGGAAUAAUUCCUCUAGUCCUACAAGGGAGUCCUACAUUCAAAAGUACUAUUAAAGCAAUCCAGUGUGACACAGCUUUGUACAAAAUUUAAAGAUUGAAGACAUGAGGGAUCCAGACACAUGCAUAAUGAAGCAUGAAGAUACUGAGGAACAAAAAGAUUUGUUAAAAGAUGAAGGCAAUGAACUGAAUGAAGAUGAGGUGAAACAUCAGUGUAAGAAACCUCAGAAUCUUGUUAUACUAGAAAUCUCUUCUAGUAGUUUGCAGAAGAACAAGAAUUUCUCACCAAAAAGAAAGCAAAGGACAGAAACAGGCAAGUCUUUCACCUGCCCUCAGUGUGAAAAGAGUUUCAAACAAAAACGUUGUCUUGAGGAGCACAUGAGAAUUCACACUGGAGAACGCCCUUACGCAUGUUCUCAGUGUGAAAAGAGUUUCCGAAAAAAAAGUCAUCUUAAGGUGCACAUGAUAAUUCACACUGGAGAGCGCCCUUACGCAUGUUCUCAGUGUGGAAAGAGUUUCAAUCGCAAAACAACUCUUGAUGUGCACAUGAGAAUUCAUGCUGAAGAGCGCCGAUUCACAUGUCCUCAGUGUGGAAAGAGUUUCAAGCACAAAUCAGCGCUUGUGGAGCACAUAAGAAUUCACACUGGAGAGCGCCCAUACACGUGUUCUCAUUGUGGAAAGAGUUUCAAACACAAAUUGACACUUGUGGAGCACAUGAGAAUUCACACUGAAGAGCGCCCACACACUUGUUCUCAUUGUGGAAAGAGUUUCAAACAAAAAUCAGCGCUUGGGGUGCACAUGAGAAUUCACUUGGAAGAGCCCCCAUACACAUGUUCUCAUUGUGAAAAGAGUUUCAAUCGCAAAACAAUUCUUGAUAUGCACAUGAGAAUUCACACUGGAGAGCGUCCAUACGCAUGUUCUCAGUGUGGAAAGGGUUUCAAGCACAAAUUCCAUCUUGUGGAACACAUGAGAAUUCACUCUAAAGAACGACCAUACACAUGUUCUCAGUGUGGAAAGAGAUUCAAACAAAAUUCAACGCUUGGGCUACACAUGAGAAGUCACUCUGAAGAGCGUCCAUAUGCAUGCCCUCAGUGUAGAAAUACUUUCAAGUACAAAUCAGGACUUUGGAAGCACAUAAGAAUUCACACUGGAGAGCGCCCAUACGUAUGUCCUGAGUGUGCAAAGUGUUUCAAGCACAAAUUAAAUCUAGAGGAGCACAUGAGAAUUCACUCUAAAGAACGACGAUAUACAUGUUCUCAGUGUGGAAAGAGAUUCAAAAAAAAUUCUACGCUUGGGCUGCACAUGAGAAGUCACUCUGAAGAGCGUCCAUACGCAUGCCCUCAGUGUAGAAAGACUUUCAAGUACAAAUCAGGACUUUGGAAGCACAUGAGAAUUCACACUGGAGAGCGGCCACACACAUGUCCUCAGUGUGGAAAGAGUUUCAAGUGCAAAGCAAAUCUUGAGGAGCACAUAAAAAUUCACACUGGAUUUGUAGCUCCAACUGUAGUCAUUGAUGACUCAUACAAAGCCUGUUCACUGGUACCUCUUCUCUGAAAGUCAAGAAGAUACAGGCAAAACAUAACCCCAACAGCUUUUGAUGAUAUAUCAUUAUAUACAGAAAUCAAGAAUUACAGUGCUAGUUGAAAUUUCAGAUGUAAAGAUCAUAAAUGCCAUGUUUUUAUAUCAUUAUUACUAGUAGAAAUUCUGUUUCUGUAUCAGGAAUGAUUAUUUUUACUAUAAAAAUUUUUUAAUGAAUAAUCCUGAGAAUUAAUAAAUAUCAGUUCAUGCAGCUUGCAUAGACAAAUGAUGA